GUUCUUAGAAUGGGUCUGAAAUGUUCCUUCACACGUCCCAUCCUCUUCUUUCAUCUUUCUCCGCCGUGGAAUCACAUAUUUCCCAAUAAUUUCACAUUUUUCCGGUGCCGAUUACCUUCGCCGGCGUAAUGCCAAAUGCUACCGUCUCUCGAGCUUUUCCCGCUCGAUUCUCACUUUGACUGAGCUUCUUUUCUGUUUUACUAUUCUGUUACUCCGGUCACCGGCGAACGGUGGUGUUUCCUACAGAAAUCUGAAUAGGAGAAGCUCGAAGUUCACUUUUGACUUUGUGUUUUUUUUCUUUAGCUUAAUCUUUUUUCCUUGAGUUUCUUCAUAUGAAGAUCUUUUUAGUAGUUUUCUUCGUUUGAUUGAGUUUUAGGAUUUUCUUUUUUACUUUAUCCAUUCAAAUUGUUAGUGCGAUCGGCUGUUUUGGUCUUUUGGUGGUUUCUGAUAACGAUUGAUUUGUACUGUUUGAUCAAACGCGGUGAUUGAUGCUUAAAUGUUGAAUUGGAUCGACUGUGAAGGUGCGUGGUAGGAAAAUCUGAAUAGAAUUCAGGAUUGGAAGCUUCCGGGAGAGAUUAAGAGAAGAUGUUUGAUCUUAAUCUCAAUGUUGACUCGCCUGAUGCGGCUCAGAAUGAGGACUCUGUUGUGUUCUUUGAGAAGCUUCCUCAAGGUUCGGGGAACCAAAUGGAUGAAUCAGGAACUUCCAAUUCUUCGAUUGUCAAUGCGGAUACCUCCAGCAAUGGUGGCGAUGAUGACUCGUGCUCCACACGCGCCGGUGGUGAGCUCUUCACGUUUAACUUCGAGAUAUUGAAGGCUGGAAGCGCGAACGACGUUGUCACGAAAGAGCUUUUUCCAAUAGGUGGAACGGUGAAUGCUGACUUCGGGAUUCUUCAAGGGCAUAACUCCGCCUCUUCGUCGUCAACUUCAUCGAGGAAGAACUGGAUCAACCUUGCGUUUGAUCGAAGCGGGUCGGCAGGGGAGGGGAGAACGGUUCAGCCGGUUCAGCCUCAGCCGGUGAAGAAAAGCAGGAGGGGACCGAGGUCCCGGAGCUCACAGUAUAGGGGCGUUACAUUCUACCGGAGGACUGGGCGGUGGGAAUCUCAUAUCUGGGACUGCGGGAAGCAAGUCUAUCUCGGUGGAUUCGACACUGCACAUUCUGCAGCAAGAGCGUAUGAUCGAGCUGCUAUCAAGUUCAGAGGGGUUGAUGCUGAUAUUAAUUUCAAUCUUAGUGAUUAUGAGGAUGAUCUGAAACAGAUGAAGAAUUUAAGCAAGGAAGAGUUUGUUCACAUACUUCGUCGCCAGAGUACUGGUUUCUCAAGAGGGAGCUCCAAAUAUAGAGGGGUGACACUGCACAAAUGUGGCCGAUGGGAAGCUAGAAUGGGGCAACUCCUUGGGAAAAAGUAUAUAUAUCUUGGGCUAUUCGACAGCGAGGUAGAAGCUGCAAGGGCUUACGACAAGGCAGCAAUCAAAUGUAAUGGGCGGGAGGCAGUAACGAAUUUUGAGCCUAGCACAUACGGAGAGAGAAUUUCUGAGGGCAGCAGUGAAGGUGGCUGGAACAUGCUCGAUUUGAAUUUAGGGAUUUCGCCUCCCUCACUUGACAACUCUCCAAAGGAUUCUGAGGGGCAUCUUCGGUUUCAAUCUGGUUCUUGUUAUGCUAAUGACAGGAGCACAAUGAUGGAAAGCAAUGCUGAUGCAGCAGUUGGCGAUCCACCUAUGAAAGGACCGGUAAUCACAUCCGAGCAUGCUCCCUUAUGGAAUGGUUUACAAACUAGCUUCUUUCCCAGUGAGGAAAUCGUGACAGAGAAGAGACUUGCAUUAGGUUCAUCCCAAGGAAUUCCCCCCAACUGGGGAUGGCAAAUUCAUAGCCAGGUUAAUGCCACCCAAGUGCCACUGUUCUCUGCUGCAGCAUCAUCAGGAUUCUCAUUUUCAGCUACCCAUUUCCCGGCUGCCAUCCAUCCACUGUGCCGUCCGGGCUCGACCGCCCAUAACCUCCAUUUCACUACACCCAAAGCUUCUUCCCUCAACUCCCCUCAGUAUCAUCAUCACCACCAGUUGAACCCACAACAGGCACCGCCAUAAAUCCUUAUUCUUCUAUAUUAGAGGGUAACCAGUAGUAAAAGAAAAAAAAAAUGCUUCACUUGGUUAUCUUCUUUUUCAUUUGUAUGCUUUUAUAAGUAAUGAUAAUUGAUUUGCAUUGAA